GUUACCCUAGUGCGAGUUGUGUAAUGUUUACCUCAUAAAACCAUUGACCUCUGGUGGAAUCUAUUUGGUCUGUAUCAAAAUGAAGCCAUCGUCUGGUAAAAUAAAUCCCGAUUUAGCCCGUGAACGAGGAAAGGCAUCCUUUGACACAAGGGAACUAACUUACUUGCUUUAUGGAGGCCGAGAGAGAACAGAGCGUAAGAAAUUCUUAGAGUCAUUGGUAGAGAAGGAUCCUGUGCUUAGCAAAGAAGAUUAUUACAUCCUUGACCGCAGACGUGCUUAUGAGAGAGGUUUACAGAAAGGAUUAAGAAUCACCGAGCUAGUAAAAGAACAUCAGAUAAAUGAUCCUAAUGAUCAAAGCAUUUUAGGAAGGAGCACACAAACCCAGCUGCCAUACGCCUUGCAUAAAGUGAUGUUCAUUCCUACCAUAAAGGGACAAGGAAGUGAAGAACAAAAAGCAAAAUGGCUGCCUCUUGCAGAGUCCUUUCAGAUAAUAGGAACAUAUGCCCAGACUGAAAUUGGCCAUGGAACUUUUGUGCGUGGCCUGGAGACAACAGCAACAUACGAUAAGACCACACAGGAGUUUAUUAUUCACUCGCCGACUCAUUCAGCGUGUAAAUGGUGGCCUGGAAAUCUGGGAAAAACUUCUAAUUUUGCGACCGUGCCCGCAAGGCUGAUUGUUGAUGGAACUGAUCGUGGAAUUCAGAUGUUUCUAGUUCAGUUACGAGAUCUGGAGACUCAUCAACCUUUGCCAGGUAUCACAAUAGGAGACAUUGGAGCCAAGUUUUCUAUGAUGUACAACGGGAGUGACAAUGGAUAUCUAAUGUUUGACCAUGUCCGUAUUCCACUAGACCAGAUGCUAAUGGGUCUUUCAAAGUUGUCCCCUGACGGAACCUUCACAAAACCAGCCAACUCCAAACUGUUGUACGGUACCAUGAGUUUGACGCGGGCAGGCAUUGUUGGCGACUCCUUCUGGCAGUUAUCAAAAGCGAUCACUAUCGCCAUUCGUUACAGUGCUGUGCGUCGCCAGGGUCAGCUGAAACAAGGGGAACCCGAGACCCAGAUUAUCGAUUACAAGACACAACAGUACAAACUGUUACCCGGGCUGGCCAUGGCCUAUGCCUCAAAGUUUGCGUUUGAUCAUGUGUGGAGAUCGUUUCAGGAACGUCAAAAGAAAAUUGCAGCUGGUGACUUGUCCAUAUUACCAGAGAGCCAUGCUAUCACCAGUGGUCUCAAGGCGUUUUCGACUUCAACGGCCAUGCAUCAUGCAGAGACGUGCCGACUGGCGUGUGGUGGACAUGGCUACUUACUGUACAGCGGUCUUCCUGAAUUGUAUACAUUGUUGAAUGCUGCCUGUACUUACGAAGGAGAUAAUGAUGUUCUUUUCCUGCAAGUAGCAAGGUUUCUGGUAAAAAUCGCCUCUCAAGCUCAAGAGGGAAAAGCUCUUCCUGUUUCACUGAGGUAUUUGUCACGAAGAAAUGAACAGUGUCCGGUAAUCAAUGGAGAAGGAUUUUUGGAGCCAGGUGUACAAAGAACAAUUUACCAGGACAGGACUGGCAGCGAGGUGAGGGCUGUUGCAGAAAAGCUUCAAAGAAAAAUUUCCUCUGGAACGGACUCCUCUGAUGCUUGGAACGAGCUGUCUGUAGACUUACUACGCUGUGCUAAGGGUUAUAGUCAUUGUGUUAUGGUUUCGUAUUUAUUGGAUUCGAUGGAGAACCUGUCUGAUGUUAGUUCAAGUUUACGCAGGGUGCUGAAAUGUGUGGCAGAUUUGUUUGUUCUUUGGGGUAUCGCUGAAGACUCAGGAAGUUUUCUGGAGGCUGGAGUUCUUAACUGCGCUCAAACUCAAACUAUACGACAACAAGUUUAUGAUUUGAUGGACAAGCUCAGACCUGAAGCAGUGGCUCUGGUUGACGCCUUUGAUCAUUCAGAUUACGUACUUAACUCUCCAUUGGGACGUUUCGAUGGCAACGUAUAUGAGGACCUUUUCAGAUGGGCGCAAAGAUCGGAGUUAAAUGAUGAACAGGUGCAACCAGGCUACUACAAAUACCUGCGGCCACUAAUGCAAAACAACAAAUCUAAACUAUAAUAAUAUUUUAAUUACGAUAUAGAUCAACUUGAACGUGUCAUUUUGGCGUGCUUAAUUCGGUCUGUAAUCAUACGUUGAGUGAUUAACAACAUCAGUCGACCAAAUAGCGGGAGCCCGAUUUGUUUUUUAGAAGUCUUGAGAUUCUCUUCCUCGAAGUCAAUAACAAUCUGGAGAAGUAACCCCUAACAAAAUCGUUCGCGUACUUCACUUUUAAAAGGCAUUUGAAGCUGUAGGUUUGAUCGUGUCGUCCAAUCGUCGGGGUGAGGGUACUCCUGAGAAGGGGGUAAGUUUAUAAAGAACCUGUUGAGCUGCAUCGGUGGGAGAGUAUAACAGGAUAAUUCGCGACUUCGCUCCGACGAAGGGUUAACGCUCGAAACGUCAGCUUUAAAACUCUCUACGGUGGCCAAUUUACGUUGUCAACUCAGUUGACAAAAUAAUACCAAAAUUGUCUUGAGAAAGACUGCUGUCGGUAAUAGUGACUGAUAUUUCAACAACCUGAGUAGAAGUCAUCAUCAGGAACAAUUGAAUAGUUGUUGUUAGUGUAAUAAGUCCAGUUCAUGUGAACUACUGGUUAGUUCAGCCGUGAUGGUAAUGGCUCAGUUGGUGUAAUUCUGUUGUGAUUGGUCAGUUUCAAUCCUUGGGUAAUGAUAGAUCGUUCUGUUGGGUUUGUUUGUGGUGUAUCGUAAACGUGCAGAUUAUUGUUCAUCUUGAAAAGUAAAAUGCUUAAAAUAUAAUUUGGUUCUAUUUUUGCAUAGUAUUCCUGUCAAACAUUGUUACUGACGAAGGAUUCAGUAACCAAAGAACGACAGCAAUUAAUAAAAGCAAGAUUUUACAGAUGGACUUCUUCAGGUUUCGUAGUUGAUGAAAGUGGAAUAUACAAAGCAAAACUACGCACCCAUAUACGUGAAAAAAUAGCCUUUUUGACACAUUUUAUUAUAAUAUGAUUUCACGCAUUCAUGUUAAGGUGACAACGUUAUUGAUGUGGGGCCUCCCCCUCAAAACUAAACAAAUGAAUAAUCAUUCAAGUUACAACUUAAGCUUAUUAUAAGUACUACUAUUGUAGUUAAAAUAGUAAAACACAGGGUGCCAUUAAGGAUUAAAUGUUGCUUUCAGCACUUUAAACAAUUUAAACGAUACAGUAUCACAUCUAUAUCAUCAUUUCCUGAUAAAAAGCAAGGCAAAUCCGGCACAUUAUUGCUUCCUAUAUCUUAACGAACAUCAAAGCUGAAAUAUACCUUACGAAUUAACAAAGAGAUUUCAUGCUGCCAUAUCUCUGUUUAGUAAGAGAUAAUAGAUGAUGUCAUAAUGUAGUAAGAUCCAAAAAGUGGCAAACGAGGCACAGCCACAUUGUGACGUCAUCUGUCUACCCGUAUUUGCUAUAUAUAAUGAA